GCAAGAGGCGACUAGUACCGGGACUAUGAGCAACGAUCAAGGCGAGCCAGACAUGGAAAGCUUCGACAAGCACGAGGGGGCACCUGGAAAGCUCGUUCGACAAUUGAAGAACAGGCAUAUCGCCAUGAUCAGCAUUGGCGGCGUUAUUGGCACAGGGCUUUUCUUGGGUACGGCCAUUGCCCUUCAGAAUGGAGGCCCACUCGGCCUCCUGCUCGGCUAUAUGGCGAUGGGGACGCUCUGUUACAGCAUAAUGAUCUCACUUGGCGAGAUGAUUGCAUUUCUUCCAAUUCCCGGAGGACAUAUCAAGCUGGCAGAGCGCUUCAUCAAUCCUGCAUUCUCGUUCACAAUGGGCUGGAAUUACUGGUACAAUUGGACGAUUAUCCUUCCAGCAGAGCUCAGCGCUGCAUCCGUAUUAGUCGGGUACUGGGCACCGCCAGAACAACUCAGUCCUGCAAUCUGGAUCACCGUGUGCAUGGUCAUUGUCGUCGUGAUCAACCUGCUUGGAGCGGGCGCAUACGGAGAGGCAGAAUUCAUUUUUGCUUCGAUUAAAGUUCUGACCAUCGUUGGCCUGAUUAUACUCGGUAUUGUCCUCGAUCUUGGAGGUGGGCCCAACCGUGACAGAAUUGGCUUCCGAUACUGGAAGGACCCAGGGCCAUUUGUACAAUACCGCGGUAUACCCGGUGCCAAAGGUCGCUUCCUUGGUUGGUGGGCGGUACUAACCCAAGCGGCCUUUUCUUUCAUUGGUACGGAAAUUGUUGCGAUUGCCGCUGGAGAAGCCAAGAACCCGAGGCGCAAUCUUCCUCGAGCCAUAAGACGAGUCUAUGUUCGAAUUCUCCUGUUUUACAUCCUUGGAACUGCAAUCAUUGGCCUCUUGGUGCCUUCAAAUGAGCCAUCUCUGAAUUUGGGUGACGGAACGGCAGCGUCCUCGCCUUUUGUGAUUGCGAUCCAGAACGCUGGGAUCAAGGGUUUACCGUCUCUCAUCAAUGCCUGCCUAUUGACAUCGGCGUGGUCUGCGGCCACCAGCGAUCUGUAUACGAGUUCUAGGGCUUUAUACGGACUCGCCAGAGCCGGUAACGCUCCUAAGAUAUUCCUGAAGACGACAAACAACGGGAUGCCCUACGUCUCUGUGAUAUUCAACGCCUCUUUCUCCGUUCUCGCGUACAUGGGGAUACAGCAGGGUUCCGGACGAGUUUUCGCCUGGUUCGCCAACAUGACAGCAGUCGCUGGUCUUCUGACGUGGUUUGGGAUCGGUGUCACCUAUUUGAGGUUCUAUGCCGGGAUGAAAGCGCAGGGAAUGGAUAGGAGCAAGCUCCCUUUCUCGUCUUCUCUGCAACCAUAUGCCGCUAUUUAUGCAACUUGCUUCUGUUUCUUGAUUUGCCUGCUGAGCGGCUGGGCUGUUUUCCUUGAUGGAAACUGGCAAACAGACACCUUCGUCACAAACUACUUCCCCCUUGCUCUAUUCCCUAUCCUUUACGCUGGUGCACGAUGGUAUUACCGAACACCAGUGGUCAAGCCGGAAAAUAUGGAUUUUGUCUCUAACCUCGCCGAGAUCGAGGCAGAUUGGUGA